AUGCCACUCUCUCUUCUAGUGGUGGCUGCAAUUCUCGUUGCUGGGCUCGUCGUCGCCAUAUUCCUCAUUCGCCGGCGCUCGUCAUGCACCCCUUACCCUCCCGGUCCACUCGGUGAUCCGAUUAUAGGAAACCUCCGUCAAUUGCCGGGCCACGAUGCGGCGAUCGUUUUUGAGGAAAUGGGGAAAAAAUUCGGGGAUGUCAUAUGUCUUCGCGUUCUUGGAAGCACCAUCGUCGUGUUGAAUUCGCUGCAAGCCGCAGAAGAACUUUUAGACAAGCAUAGCGCCAUUCACAGCGACCGGCCCGUUUUCACCCUCUAUGAACUAUUCGGUUUCAAGAACGCUCUCUCUGCUGUACCAUACGGGAAACAACUAAUGCGUCUGCGCCAAGCCCACCACUCCUAUUUGAAUAAGACGAAGACCUCCGAUCUUCGACCCAUGUUGACAGUGGAGGCACGAACGCUGGGCAAGAACUUGUUGGAGUGUAAAGAAGGGGAGCAUGAGCUUAUGCUCAACCGUUUUUCGACGGGUGUCAUCGCUCAAGUUGUUUCUGGGCAUCGCAUCGUCUCUGCAGAGGAUAAUUAUCUGAGAAUGUCGAAGAUGGUUCUCCAUGUGUCGACAUUGAUGGAACAAGUACCUGCAGUCACCCCAUUGGAUUUCCUUCCCUUCCUGAAGCAUUUCCCGGGGUGGUUCCCUGGCGCACACUACGCCGGUUUUGCCCGACAGUGGAGGCCAGUUGCACGCGAACUAUAUACCUUCCCGCUCGAGACCGUCAAACAACAAAGGAAGGACGGAAGCGCUAUGCCGUCAUUCCUACUUGAGCAACUAGAGUUUAUUGAAUCUACGCCAAAGACGGAGGAGGGGGUGGACUUGGUUGGCGAGCUAGAAGCAAAUGCUGCGAGCAUGUUUGCCGCUGGUGAAGCAACAACUUGGAGCGCGCUGUCGGUUUUCCUCUUGGCCAUGACCUUAUAUCCCCAAUGUCAGGCUCGAGCUCAGACAGAAAUCGAUGCUGUUAUUGGGAAUCGUCUCCCUGAAUUCCAGGAUCGUGAAUCGCUGCCGUAUGUCGAGUGUUUGUACAACGAAGUUUUCCGAUGGAAUACGGGGGCUCCUCUCGGUAUGUUCUUCAAUGGAUUAGUUUCAGGAUUUGACUGGUCAGGCAUACCUCAUCGAUCUAUCAGCGACGACAUUUAUCGUGGAAUGUUUAUACCGAAAGGAACUACGAUUCUUCCUAACAUAAGGGCCAUGUCCCACGACGAGAGAAUCUAUCGAACCCCAACUUUAUUCGAUCCUACCCGAUACUUGCCUGCCCCCGAAGGACGUGGGGAGCCUUUCUUUACCGGAAAAUACGGAUUUGGACGACGGUGGUAUCUGCACGGGCCAGCAUCUCGCCGACAGCAGCGUUUGGAUAGCAGUCGUGACCGUCUUGUCGACAUGUCGUAUCAAACGAGCCCGAGACUUGGCGGGGGAGGGAAAUCGUCCCUGAGAACAAGAUGCAUUAUGGGUUGCUAA